AUGAGUGUCCCCAAUAACCAUGGUAAUACCAAUGAUAAUCUUCCAUGGGUUGAAAAAUACAGACCAGAAAGUUUAGAUGAUGUUUAUGGUCAAACGGAAGUGGUCACUACUGUUCGUAAAUUUUUAGAAGAAGGGAAAUUGCCUCAUUUAUUAUUUUAUGGUCCACCGGGGACAGGUAAGACCUCUACUAUCGUAGCGUUAGCACGUGAGAUUUUUGGUAAGAAUUACUCUAAUAUGGUUUUAGAAUUGAAUGCUUCUGAUGAUAGAGGUAUUGAAGUUGUUAGAAAUCAAAUUAAGGAUUUUGCUUCGACGAGGCAAAUUUUCUCCAAGGGUUUCAAGUUAAUCAUUUUAGAUGAAGCUGACGCUAUGACUAAUGCUGCUCAAAAUGCAUUGAGACGUAUUAUUGAGAAAUAUACGAAGAAUACAAGAUUUUGUAUAUUGGCUAAUUAUUCACAUAAAUUGACCCCAGCUUUGUUGAGUAGAUGUACUAGGUUUAGAUUCCAACCGUUACCAAGAGAUGCCAUUGAGAAGAGAAUUUCUAAUGUCUUAAUACAUGAAAAUAUAAAAAUAUCUGAUGACGCUAAAGAUGCUCUGAUAACGUUAUCACAAGGUGAUAUGAGACGAGUACUGAAUGUCUUACAAGCUAGUAAAGCUACUUUAGAUGACCCUGCUAAUGAGGAAAUUCAUGCUGAUGUUAUCUAUGAAUGUUGCGGUGCGCCAAGACCUGCUGAUUUGAAGACGAUUUUGAAAUCAAUUUUGGAAGAUGAUUGGAGUUCAGCAUAUUACACAUUGACUAAGUUACGUAGUACCAAAGGUCUUGCUUUAAUCGAUUUAAUUGAAGGAAUAAUAAAAUUACUCGAAGAUUAUGAGUUGAAAAACGAACUUACGAGAAUAUCCUUAUUGUCGAAAUUAGGAGAUAUAGAAUAUUCUAUAUCAAAAGGAGGAAAUGAUAAGAUUCAAAGUAGUGCUGUCAUCGGCGCGAUAAAGACAAGUUUUGAACUGGAAGCUGCUCAAUAA